GGCGGCGGCGGCGCGGGGGCUCCGCGGGGCCCGGCUCAGCUCCUGGCUGCCCCAGAGGGUCCCGCUCCAAGGGAGUCACUGGCAGAGCUCAUUGCUGGGGUUCAGGACAUCCCUCCCUGUGAGAGCACAACCAAAGAAGAAAAAGAAAGUGGAUGUGAAGAAAGAGCAAGCACAGAAGGAGCGUAUGAAGAAAAGGCUUAAAAAGUUGGAAAAAGCUGCCCCAGAACUGAUUCCAAUUGAGGAUUUUAUAACACCACUGAAGUACUCAGAGAGCAACAGGGUGCGAAGCCUUCCCGCUCUUUCUCCUGAAGAGUCUGAAAGAAGAGUUUUACUUUUGAAGAAGUGGUGUUUGUUUAAGCAGAAACAGGACGAGGCAGAAAAGAAAGCAAUCAAAGGCCUUGUCGAAUCUCAGCAGGAGGCGCUGCAGGAGCUGCAGCUGGAAUCCGAGGAGCUGUACCAGGCAGCAAUCCUGAGGGACGAGGGGCUCUUCCCCUUCGAGAGGGACGGGCCCAGUCACACCCCUCCCCUUCCUGGCUACGAUCCCCCCGAGGGGAAGUGCGUUGACAUCACCAAGGUGUACACACAGUGACAGGGGAGCUCCUGCUUCAGCCGCCACCAGGAGCUCAGUGACUGAAGGAAGAAAGAUUGGAGUAAUAAACAAUUUUUCCUGCAGGUUACAACACUGCAGGAUGCGACUGUAAAAAAAUAAAUGAAGUAUCUGUGUGUUUUAAUGACUGUCCAGGUAAUAACACACCUAGCAAAGCUACACGACCUUACAUAGUGGCAAAGCCAAUUUUUUUUAUUUUCUUAUAUUGCUAUGUAACCAUUGUAACUCAGUUUCUGUGGGUUUGCCCUCAUACAAACCAGAUCUCUCUCUAUAUUUGUUUAAACCUUUAUUUUUCAGUUGUGUUGAAUACUGCCACAACACACACCACCAGUCGAGAGCAGUUCCACUAAGGGGCAGUUCCAGGGUGUGCAGCCCACAGGUGAGAAGCUCUUCAAGCACCACAACCCUGGUUCUGGGAAAUGUCUUAAAUGCCAGUGUUUGGGAUUGUCCUGAGCCAGAAAGGAAGAGUCCCAGCCUGGUUCUUUUUCCCCAUUUGGCAGGUCUGGGGUGGGUACCUUGUCCAGAAGUGCUCAAUGCCAGCUGCUAGGGCAAGAGGCCCUCAGAGCUAGAGCAUGCAUGCAUUAAUUUGGAAGGUGCCUGCUGAAAUGAAAUCCUGAAAUGUAAGUCAACAGUAAAAGACCACAACAAAUCAAGCACCUUAAAUUUCCCUUUAAAAGUAUUCAUUAUUUAAAUAACAUUUCAGAAUUUUUGAGCAAGUGCUAAAGUACUGUAGGGCAGAGCUACAGUUGAAUAACUUCAAGAUUAUGUGGAAGGGGGAAAAAAAAGGCAUAAUUCUGAAUUGAGUAUUAUGUUAUUGACCAAACACAGAAAACAGUGUUGUUAAUUUGAUUUGUCUUGGUCAAGUGGUAGAUACCAGUCAGGUGGUGGGCUCUUCCUGAGGUUCCACACUGGAGCAUAUUUCUGUUUUUCCAUAACUCGAGCUCUUUCACUCUUGCACAAAGCUUCCUGAAAUACAGGAAAAAAAAAUAUUACCAUAGUAGUGUUGGAUGUUCCAGUCAUCCAGAGCUGAUUUCCUGCUGUGAACAUCUGAGAUAAAAGAAAUAAAAAUUUAUCAUGCUUAA